AUGUCCAGGGAUUUUAAGAAACAGUUCCAGGUUGCUAGGGAUAGACGACCCAAAGUGACCUCGCUAACCAAUAUAAAGCAACAACCCAGCGAGACACUUAAGGCGUACUUAAGUCGUUUUAGCACGGCUGCAGCUAGGGUUAUGAAUUUGGAUGAUAAUACACAACUUACAGCCCUACAGGCAGGGAUCUCUACGAAUCCAUCAAUCACUGAGGGCGAGUUGUGGGACGACUUACAGGGUCGUCCAGUAAGAAACAUCACUGAGUUCAACGAAAGGGCUCAGGUAUUCGUUCGAAAACAAGAAGUCCGAAAAGAAAUGAAUUUUUUGAAAACAGGCUCGAGAGACAAACCCAGAAACGUUUCGACAAGUAGUGUUUCAAUAAGAAUCGAUAACUUGGGGGCUUCUGGCUCAAAGAGAAAGGACAGUUCCAAGGAACCGUCAAAGGAUAAAAAGAAACAAAAGAAGCACGAUAAGUACGUGCCAGUGUAUACUAUUAAUGUGGAGCUUAAUGAAACUUGGGAGAAUAUUUACCUCGCACAUGAGCAAAAGGUUGCCUUCGGCAAGCCUGAGCCCAUGAGGAAUGCGAGGAGCAAAAGAGAUCCUAACAGGUAUUGUAAAUUCCACAAGGAUAUUGGGCACACGAUCGACAAAUGUCACCAAUUGAAAGAUGAGAUAGAAAGUCUCAUCGCUCGAGGCCAUUUUAAACAGUACGUGAAAAGGCAGGGCCACGAAUACAACCAGCCCAGUCUGCCCAAUAACCCAAACAACCAGGGGUUACAACCUCUUCCCGUGGAAGGGGAGGACAUCCUGGUUAUUUCGGGAGGGCCACAUAUCGCAGGGGAAAGCAAUAACGCCCAGAAAAGAUAUGUGAAAGAGAUAAAGAACGAGCAGUCGGUAUUUGCCCCAGAACCUUCCAAGAAGGUGAACUCAGAGGAACCUCCAAUUAUAUUCACGGAGGAAUACGAGAAAAACGUGAGAUAUCCUCACAUUGAUCCAUUGGUGAUUACCAUUCAACUCACCAAUAAAAGGAUCAAGAGGGUGUUGAUAGACAACAGGAGCUCAGUAAAUAUUCUUUAUAAGGAAACACUGAGGAAUAUGGGUAAUGAACUUGAGGACAAGGAAUUACCGAAAGAGAAGACUUGA